AUGUCCGUUUCUAUUCCACCGUCAAGCCAUGCGUUGAUGAAUAGCCAGGAUAUCCAUGAUACAAAUGGAUUGCGUCGCACUUUCACUGGACUGACGGACGAUGACAAUGCUUUCGAUUUGGGCACUGAAGAGGAGGAAUUUGAGCUCCAAAUAGCCACCACGACUGGGCAUGAUGCUCGUGAUACCAUCAAAUCACAGUUCGAGGGUGAUAUCGACGAUGCAAGAACAUUAUUUCCAAAGAAGCCAGAGUCUGUGGAGCAAAAGAAGCAAGCUAUGACAUUCGUGGUUGAACGAACGGCUGAAUGGGGGAAAAUGACUUGGGAGGGCCAAACAUUUUUGCAUCAUUUGGCCUACUACGAUUAUAACAACCGCAAGCCAUUUGUCAAUCUGUCAUGGCUGAUGACCCGAGCCAUCCAUAAGUUGCCGCACUUGGUGGGAUUCAUGGACAAUACUAAAAGAACGCCUCUCACAGUGGCCCUAAGCAAGGGCAACGCAAUGUUUACCCACGCAGCUUGCAUCAACCUACCGCCCGAGACCACUCCACUCCUCACCGAAGCUCUGCGCAGCGAGUGUGUCAAGAACCGAAAAGCGGCAACUUGCCUGCAUACCGCCCUGGACUCCACCUUCACCGACGAGAAAACGAGGGAAAAGAUCAUCAGAAAAAUGUGCAACUUCGUACCAGAGGAAAUGUUCGCCAUCGAAGUUUCGCAAGGCCGUGUACCUCUCCACAUAGCCAUUGAGUAUGGGAGAUGCUGCAAAGCUCAAGUUGGCAUAGUCAACGAGAUGCUUCUGCGUGGACCGGAGGCACUAACAGUGGAAUUCACUCCAUCGUUCUCCGAACGACCUCUUUCCAUCUACCAGUACUAUCAGAGGUCACGGAGACGGGCUACGAAAUCGCCAACAAGUCAACAGAAGAAGCCUCCUCAAAAUACUGCAGCUCACGGGAAAGACCACCGUGUCACAACAUCCAAUCUCAAUAAUACUGAGUCUAAAAGUGUAGCGUUAAAGAUGGAGAAAGGAGCCAUGGUGUUACGACCCAACAAGUUACAGGCUACGUUGCCCCACCUGUCAGACGGACAAUGGGCGGCAGCAGCAUUUGUACAGACAAGAAACAAGGGAACAGAUGGUUAG